CAAUAACUAAACAAAGAACAUUUAACUAAUCACAUACAUAUAUACAUAAAGAUUAUAUUUUUCUUCAUCAAAUAUACUAUAUAUAGUAUAUAGUAAAGAUUAUCAUAUAUCAGAAGACAUACAUAAAAGAUGGGAAGAGCACCAUGUUGUGAUAAAGAGGGAUUGAAGAAAGGUCCAUGGUUACCUGAAGAAGAUCAAAAACUUGUUGAUUAUAUUCAAAAUCAUGGUCCUGGAAACUGGAGAACUCUUCCUAAGAAAGCUGGUCUUGAGAGGUGUGGAAAGAGUUGUCGCCUUCGAUGGACUAAUUAUCUUCGACCAGAUAUCAAGAGAGGAAGAUUUACAUUUGAAGAAGAAGAGGCCAUAAUUCAACUCCAUAGCGUUUUGGGCAACAAGUGGUCAGCAAUUGCUGCUAAAUUGCCAGGAAGAACAGAUAACGAAAUCAAGAAUUAUUGGAACACCCACAUUAGGAAAAGAUUGCUUCGAAUGGGAAUCGAUCCUGUGACCCAUACACGUCGAUUCGAGUUUUUAGACCUUCCUUCUAUCUUAAACAAUCACUCAUCACUUCUACAAAAUUAUUCAUCUGAUAAUAAUAAUCAGCUAAAUUUGUUGAAAUUACUUGGUUUACAAAGUUUAGUUAACCCAACAAAUCUUUUGGGUCUUGCUUCUCUUUUAUCAACAAAUCAAAACCAAAACACAAACUUUCUCCUACAAAAUAUUCUAGCAAAUCAACAAAUUUCAAACCCUUGUGAUCAAAUACUACAAAAUCAAUUCAUCAUCAACAACAAUAACAACCCAAUUAUAAACUCUAGUAUUUCUCCUGUUAACAAUAAUUUUGCGGAUUUUGGUGAUGCUCGAGUAAUGAAAUCGAGUUUUAUCAAUCAAGAACAAGGGCAAUACCAAGAUAAUUAUUGCAACUUUGAUGCAAUACAACAAACUAGUCCUUUGUUAAAUAAUGAAUGGCAAAAUAAUGUUAGCACUAGCAUGCUAACUUUGGAAGGUGAAGGUCAUGUACAAGAUAUGAUGGACUCAUUGUUAGACACAUUGAGCUUAAACAACAAUGUAGCAACUAAUAAUGGUGGCAGCCACCUGCCGUCUUUGUUAUCGACGCCGUCUACGAGCCAGCAGACGCCGCCGUUGAGUGCUUCUAACUCGGCGGCGUAUCAGCCCAACAGUAGUAGUAAUACUAGCAGUGAAGAUGAGAAUAAUGAGAUUGAUAGUUAUUGUCAAAAUUUGAUGAAUUUUGACGUGCCUAUUGGUCUUUUUGAUAGUAAUAAUAAUAAUAAUGUAUGAUUGUAUGUUGAUGAUCAUGUUUCAUAUUUUAAAUUUUUAGUAGGUUGUUAGGGUUCAUGCAUGUAUGAUGUAUAUCAGUAUAUGUCAGAUUUUCAGUUUUGCUUCAUGUUGUAAUAUGUUUGUUUAUUGGUACAUUUUGU